AUGGACUGCAACUACGCCCUCGUACAGCCGCAAGACAUCCCGCGCGCCUUCCAGCUCGAGCAGCAAGGUUUCCCCGACGACGAGGCCGCCUCGCUCGACUCGCUCCAGUACCGUCAAGCCAACGCAGGCGACCUCUUCCUCGGAGCUUUCACCCGCUCCCCUCGCCAACUCGUCGCCUACGUCUGCGCGACCCGCACCUCGUCGCCCACCCUCACGCACGACUCGAUGCAGGCCCACGACCCGCAAGGCCCCUAUGUCGCCAUCCACUCGGUCUGCGUCGACGAGGCCCACCGCCGCAAGGGCGUCGCCGUCGCCCUCGUCAAAGAGUACCUCGCCCGCCUCGACCGCGACCACGACUCGGUCCUCGGCGCGCGCCUCAUCGCCCACGACAACCUCAUCAAGUUGUACCAGCGCGCCGGAUUCCAGCUCGUCGGCCGCAGCAAGGUCGUCCACGGCGCAAAGCCCUGGUACGAGCUCAAGGUCGACUUCAGCCGCGCG